UUGAGUCCUCUUCUUGAAAUUGGGAGCCACAUUUUAGUCGAUAAAUACAAAGUACUUUCCCAAAAUAUUCUAAAACGAACCUUCAAUACUCUGGAAUUGGAUACAACAAAUGACUCCCCAGUAAAAUCUUCUGAAACUUCUUUCAAUCUACAACUUGUCUGCUCAAAUUGCAUUUAGACGUUGAGCCAAAUAGUUCAAAGUGGGACGGGAUGGCGAAGCCACAGUAAGCUUCCGAUCGACCUCUCAUGGUUAUUUAAAGAACCCACCGCAUCCAAAUCUCGGCAACUUGGAAGGAGAUUUGCCCUUUGCUCGGUGAGUGUAAGGAAGCAAAACCAGAGAGCAGAGAAAGAGAGAGAGACAGAGAGAACAAUGGCUGCCAUUUCAUCAAUAGCUCCUUUCCUGACACUCAAAUCUACCAAGCCAAACCCUUUAUUAUCAUCACUCUGUCCAUCCUCUGUUGGGUUGAAGCAGAGCGUUGCUGGGCCUAGCUUAUUGGGCGCCCAACUUAAGCUCAGGGCCACCCAUAUUGGAGGGCUGUAUGCUUCGCAGUCGUCGUCUCCGUCAAAGACAAUUACUUGUGCGGCAUCAGGAACCGGCGUUCAAGAGGGUGCAGAGAAUAAUGGAGUUCAAGAGCUGCAUGUCUAUGAGAUAAACGAGGGGGACAGGAGCAGCCCUGCCUACCUCCGCCUCAGCCAGAAAGAAGUCAACUCGCUCGGUGAUUUGGUGCCCUUCACCAACAAGACUUACAGUGGCAACCUGGAGAAGCGACUGGGAAUCAGCGCAGGCAUCUGCAUCCAUAUUCAAAACGUACCGGAGAAGGGCGACCGGUACGAAGCCGUCUACAGCAUCUAUUUCGGAGACUACGGCCACAUCUCUGUUCAAGGACCUUAUCUGACAUACGAAGACACAUACUUGACAGUAACAGGAGGCUCGGGUGUAUUCAAAGGAACUCGUGGACAAGUGAAGCUUCACCAGCUGAUCUACCCAUCCAAGGUUUUCUACACCUUCUAUCUUGAAGGCAUUCCCCCACUGCCUGCCGAGCUCCUGGGGGAACCAGUCCCUCCUUCACCCUCAGUGGAGCCUACCCCUGCGGCCAAGGCCACAGAGCCCCAAGCCACCAUCCCUAACUUCACCAACUGAUUGGGUUCUCACCCAUCUGCCAUGGGCAGUGAAAGCUGAUGCAUGUUGUUGGUGUUUAGGCAUGAAUAUAGGGCUUGUGUUUCAGCAAGAGUAAUUUUGGAUUAUGUAUCUGUUCCUGUAGCUAAGAAUAAAUGCUGUCAACGU